AUGAUGUCAUCAAAUCAAUCAUUGCUGAUUAUCCUUCUUUGGACAUGGCCUUCAGGACAUAUUUUCCCUCUAAAUCAGUGUCCAGCAUCAGUUGAUUCAUCUGGCUGUUUCUUUACAGUAAACCGCAGUAUGUAUUCAAUGGCUAAUGCUGUUGUAAUUCAUCACAGAGAUGUUUCUAGAUCAAAAUCCCUAUUACCACUGGUGCCAAGGCCUUCCUAUCAGUACUGGAUUUGGUUUAGCCUGGAAUCACCAUCAAAUCUCAGAAGUCUGACCAUCAUGGACAAUAGCAUAAAUAUGACCAUGUCGUACAGGGUGGAUUCUGACAUCUUCACUCCCUAUGGAUGGCUGGAAAAGCAUAAUGAAAGGGAAAACUUUACUAUUCCUCAGAAGACCCGGCUGGUUGCUUGGGUAAUAAGUAACUGGAACACAAAACACAGGAGAUUUAGUUAUUAUCAGGAGUUAAAUCAGCAUAUCCAAAUAGACCUUUAUGGAAAGCGGCACUUACCUCUUCCAAGAAACCUACAAUUACAAACUCUCUCCAAAUAUAAAUUUUACCUUGCUUUCGAGAAUUCAAUUCACGAAGACUAUAUAACAGAAAAACUCUGGAGCAAUUCAUUUGUUGCAGGAACUGUUCCAGUUGUAAUGGGUCCUCCACGUGAAAACUAUGAACGUUUCAUCCCACCAGACUCCUUUAUUCAUGUAGACGAUUUUUCUAGUUCUCAAGAACUAGCAUCUUACCUCCUUAGCCUGGACAAAGAUGACCAAAAAUAUCAGAAGUAUUUUAAGUGGCGAUCUAGCUAUCAGCCAGUAAAACCAAGGAAAACUUGGGUAACUGAAUAUUGUAAAAUAUGUAAGGCACUUAAAGAAGCCCCAUUAUAUAGAACAAUUCCAAGUAUUGCUGAAUGGUUCAAAUAG